CACCCUGGCAUACAUAUGCCUGGGAUACUGAUAAAUUCAUCAGGGCGUGACCCUGAUAACAAUGUGUCCAAGACGCGCGAUGGAAGUCAACCAGGGAAGCAAAUACACACCUUUACCAAUGGAAUCGAUGGUAAAACACUUAAAUUCGUAGUGUCUACGAACACGGAUGAAAACGGUUCCAGCUCACUUAGUCGUGGCCCGGCGCUUUGGAAGCGUAAGGCCGAUGAAACCAAGAAUCAAGAUUUGAAACCUAGUAGCAUUACCGAUGCUACCAUCGCAGAAAAAGGGCAAGAGGCCAACAUAAAACGGAUUAAGUCCUCGGGAAUACAAGAUACAAACACUGGUGACAACUAUGAAUUGACAGAAGAUGAAUUCAUGUAUAAACAGGCAUUGGAGAAGUCGAAACUGCGCAUACAGGAUGGUAGAGCCAAUGAAUUGGACGUUAUUCUAUCGUCAAAUAGUGCUAUAGCUGACGCAAGCACGUUGUUCGAUGAAGCUGACAAAGAGUUGCUGUCGCAGUAUCUAGAGCUCCUGGAAGCUAAAGUAUACUUUUCUAGAGACCCUGAAAAAGCUUUUUUUGAGGCGUUAUCUACUAUCGUAAAAACACGAUUGGAUGGACAGAUAUUACCAACUGAGAUUGGCGAGUCUGUGUCCAAGAAAAUCGACGAGAUACUGUCUACCAAGUCAGUGCAAGACCUAGAUACCUAUGAAAAUGAAAUCAAACGGAAACUGUCAUCUAACGCUAUUGUGGACACCAACUUCUGGGAAUUUGCACUGUGUCGUAUACCGUAUUUUAAGGCUUGUGCAAUCCUAAGGGAAUAUAACAACGAUGGCGCACUAACAACACGUAAUAGCACUAAAAUACAAGUCAUAUCCCCGAGGAAUGUACAAAAAACCGAUAAGAAAUACGAACGGUUCAUGCAAGCAUUGAAGUUGGAUACCGACGAACAUAUUAUGCGCUCCACAGUGGAAUACAAAUCGUCUACGGGCCCUAAGCCACUGUUUGCAGCACGAGUUACCAUGAGCUACGAGUGGAAUAAAUACAAUCUAGCACACUUUGAUGUGGACAACCCGCCGCCAAAGAGCGUCCAAGGGUUUAAAUUCAGUAUCUUCUACAGCGAUCUUGAAGAUCCAAAGGCCACACCGCAGUGGAAACUAGUGAAAGAUGGUAAUAGCAGCGAAACGUGCCUGCUAGUAUUCAAGGGAGCGCGGCCAUACGCCCCGCUGGCGUUCCGCAUACCAGCCAGAGAAUGGGAUACUGACCCAUCACGCGGUUUCAAAAACUGCUUCAGUGACGGUGUGCUACACCUGUACUUUAACUUCCGCAAACUAGUGUAUAGGCGCUAAUUUCUC